UCCGAAGAGGUUAUUCACCUCUCAUCCUCCUUUAAAGAAUCCAGCGCCCCGGGCCCGCUUAGGCCCGUUGAUACGAUCUCAUCAUGGCGGCCUGCACUUGCACCAGCACCGCAGCCGUUUUCCAGGCGAUGGCCAUCUUCUGGCAGCCCUCUCAAUCACAGUCCCUUCUCAAGCCUCCAGGAGUCGGACUCUCUGCCGAGGCCUAAUUCUUCCCCCUACCUUCAGCAACAACACUUCUAUUCGCUCUCCUCGGUGCCGCCGUCUAUCCCCACGACUGCGCCAUUCUCUCAACCCUUCGAUACCACUACCUUUGCACAAGAGUCGGAUCUUUGGACACAACCGCACCUGUCCUUUGCCAAUACCGACUGGGACAUAGUUUCCGCCGAUCAUUCAGUGCCCUAUCCUGACAUUGACGUAGCUGUCAAUGACUUGGGAUAUGGCAUGACCCCAACCUUUGCUUCUAUUUCGGAUUCAGCUUCCAAUGACCCCCAAAGUUUCGCCCCUUCUCCUCUCGUUCCCAGCCCACCAAAUUCCUUAGACGGGCAAUCUCAGCAUUCCCCUGUAUCUCAGAUUCCAGGAUCCGCGUCGACAUCAAGCCCUCCAACCUCGCAGGGUGAUGAAGUCCUGGGCCGUGUUGGUUCAGCUCGCGUCGAAAAGCGCAGACUCAACACGCUCGCGGCUCGCCGAUGUCGUCAGAGGCGUGCCGACCGAAUGAAAACCCUGGAAGACGAGUUGGAAAGUGUGAAAAGAGAGCGCGAUGAGUUGAGACUACGGGUCUCAAAGAUGGAGGGCGAAACGGAGGCUCUGAAGGGGCUGUUAACCCGCAAAAGCAAGUAA